AUGUCCAUUAGUCCAUUCUUGUCUUCAACGCACACGAUGGAUCCCGUAAAGGUGAAUUAUGGAGAAUGUCGAGCUUCGGCUUUGCAAACCAUGAUUUGGGCAAACACUCAUUGUCAGAGUCUGAUAGAUUCAAAGACAAUCCAUGCGCCAACUUCGAUUCUGACCAGCACAGAAACCUUGAUCACUAACACAGCAUCAAGGAAGAGUCCUAUGAAAAGCAAACAAAAGAGAUCAAAGUCCGUUGUUAACGAGAUAUCAUCUCCCAAGUCAAAUAAAGUGUUAUCGCUUGAGGAGUGGAAAGCUCAGGACAAAGGAUCCAACGAAUCGAAAUCGAGGCAAAAGAAGAGACCAAACAGCCCUUCAAAUGAUGCCAUCGAAUCGCUCGACGGUGAGGGUGACAUUGGUGCCGUAUUUGAGAAUAACAAUUCUCAAGGAUUUAUUUCACAGUAUGAAAGUCCAGAUAUAUCAAAGUUGAAAGAACGAUUUAACUUUGCCUCAUUUGACUGCGGGGCUAUCGUUCUAAAGGCAAAUAAAGAGGCAAAAGGUGCCACCGCUAUUCUUUCCGAAAGCAAAGACACCUAUGUCCUUAACAAAUGCUCAGCUACAAAGUUCGUCGAAUUGGAAUUAUGUGAAGACAUCUUGAUCGAAUAUGUGGCUCUGGCGAACUUUGAAUUUUUUUCUUCUACUUUUAAGGAUUUUCGGAUUUCGAUUAGUAACUGGUAUCCUCCCAAGGAAGGCUGGAAACUGCUAGGACAAUAUACCGCGAAAAAUUUAAGAGAGAUUCAGGUAUUCUCAAUUAAGAAUCCAAUAAUGUUUGCGAGAUAUCUUCGCAUUGACUUUGACUCACAUUAUGGUCAUCAACAUUAUUGCCCUGUGAGUUUGUUUCGGGUGCAUGGCUCAAAUGAGUAUGAUAAAUUUAAAAGAGAGCUAGAGGAAAUUGAAUCACCACAAGUCAACCAACAAGUUGACGAAGUCGGGCAAGCAAAUGAAACCGACGAUGUUUCGAAUCAGUCUCAUACCGCCGCUGACGUACAUGAGGAUCAUUCUCCGACAACGGUGACAAAGUCGGAUGUUCCAUCAAUCAAGGAAUAUCCAAUGGAUGUUUCUGUUGACACGGAUUGCAAUGAUCCCAGUUCAGUAAAUGUUAUUGCAUAUCAGCCGAAUGGAAAAUCUCACACUGGAUUUUGCCCGAACAAAGAAACUCGACGGAAAAUUGAACAUGAAUUUUGCCCGGCGAAAUCUCUUUCACGAAGGGAAACCACAUUACCAAUUACUUUAUACCCAGUAGAAUCCCUACUUUCCCCUGGAAUUUGUUUGAAAGAUGAAUGCUCAGUUUACCCAACGAAAUUUGACAUCUACUUUGAAACGAAACCAUCCGGCAUUACAAACGGGAAACAACGGAAACAUGAUAAACACGGAAAAAGUAGUAGUACCACACGAAACAGUCCGGUUUCACCAACACCCUCAACCAAAAACCCAACAAUCUCAUCACAGACCCACGACCAAGCUAGCUUCACUCGUCCUAUCUCAAAUGGAGGCACACAAGAGAGCAUUUUCAAAACUAUAAUGAAACGUUUAUCCCUGCUUGAAUCGAAUGCAAAUUUGUCUAAACGUCAUAUAGAAGAGCAAAACAAAAUUCUCAAAGACAUAGCCUCGAUGAUCGAGAAAACUCAGAUACAACAAAUAACAAUCGCUAAUCAAUUCAACGAGAGCGCGGAGCUGAUGAAAAACAAUUACGAGGGAAAACUUAAUUCGGCAAUACUAAGUAUAGACAGGAAUCUGAUCAGCUUUGACAGAGAAUUGAAAGAUCUUUACGCAAGAACCCAAUUAUUAGUCAACCAAAUUAUCUUGGCCAAAAAAUUGGGUUCAGCCCUUGCUCUUUUAUUGUUAAUAUAUGUUGGCGUUAAGUUUAAUUGGAGUAAUGUGAGAAACAUCCUAAUGGCCCUUCAAUCUAUGAUGAACGAAAGGGCCACGAUAUCCAAGUUUACCGAACAAAACGGGAAAUCCGAAUAUCCUGACCAUAUCCAGGACAACAGCAUUUCAAGAUCUAUUGAACAAAUUCGGCUGUCGCCUUAUCGAUCAAAGCACAAUUUAAAAAGUUCACGAAAUAUGCUGGUUCGUCCAAUUCGUCGCUCCUAG